AAAGAAAACAAUUACAGAAAGAGAAGAGGUGUAAAAAAAAAAGACAAGAAUCUUUUAACAUUUUCAGACAAAUGGCGACCAAAGCCAUCUUCUUCUUCUUUGUCUCCGCCGUGUGCCUAUCCUCUCUCGCCGGCAAGGCCGUCGCUGACGCCGAUGACUUUGACCGUUUCCAAAUUCAGGGAUCGGUUUACUGUGACACAUGCCGCGUUCAAUUCGUUACACGUCUCAGCAAAUUCCUCGAAGGCGCGAAAGUGAAGCUAGAGUGCAGGAGCAGAACCAACGGAACCGUGACGUUGACAAAAGAAGCCGUGACUGACAAGUCAGGCAGCUACAAAAUGGAAGUGACCGGUGACCACGAGGAGGAAGUAUGUGAGCUCGUCCUCCUCCAGUCACCGGACAGUGGUUGCAGCGAUGUCAGCAAAGAGGCUUACCUACGUAACGCCGCUAAGGUUAGCCUGACGGCGAAUGACGGUAUCGUCUCCCACGAGACGCGUAUCGUUAACCCUCUCGGUUUCAUGGUGAAGACGCCGUCAGCUGAUUGUCCCGCUGCCUUUAAGGAGCUCGGGAUCGUUCCUGACGUCAUCUUCUAAAUAUGAUGACGACUUGCACAAAUUCAAGAUCGUUAUUUAACUGUCAUGACCCCAUCUGUAUUGUUUACUUUCUUAUAUAUACAAACGUGUAAUCUGAUAAAAUACAAAAAAAUGCCGUAAUUAAAAUAAUUAUUCAUAUU